CAUUCCUUACACGAUAUUGGGUGGAUAUGGAGGAGCAGGGGAGAUCGAUGGCAUUCCCUUGCCAAUUAUCUGUUUCAAUUCCCUGAAGACCUUUACGAGGUAUCAAGAAUCGGGGUUUUCAAAUGUGGGGGCCUUUGGUCGUUCAAGAGAAGACUCAUAAUUUGAUUCCCAAUGACGACCUGCGAGCUAAUGAGGGUACUCAGGAUCAAUCGAGUCCAAGCGAUAGCUCAUUUGAUCGAACUGAUAACAAAGACAAGGACUCUCAAGAAAACACAUCAUUCAUGUUUAUGGGAAGUGGAUUGCAAAACGAUAUUUAGCACCAUGAUCGAGAACGGAUUCUGCCCAUAUAAGCAAUUGCCUGAAAAAAUUGCAUUGAGCGAGCCCAACAAUCGCACUGAUUCCGACAAAUUCACAACACCAAGCGAAGUUCCUUCCACCGACAACGACAAUAGGUACCAAGAACAUUUAGGUGAACCAUUUGUGAAGAAGAGUAAACAAGCCAUGCUGACCGCCACCAUGGGUGGCAUGGGCAAGUCUGUCCUCGCCAUCCAGAUCCUGUUCUUCAUGAUGGGCAUUAUGAAUGCGAGCAACAAGGAAGACCUCCUCGCCAUCAAAGCCGAGACCAUCGGCAUCAAGCCACAGUACCGCCAGGUCUUCUGGCUCAACUGCUCGACCGAGUCGCUGAUUGACUUGGCGGGACUGCUCGACAAGCCUUAUCUUCUCGAGCGCGAAUGAAAGCCCAUUGAAACCCCUUCGACAAAGAUCCAAAGCUCUCCACCGAGCAACACGAAUACGCAGUGGUUGUCUGUUGGUUGAUCGCCACCGCUGUCAUUGCCAUCGGUCGUGGAUGGCAAGUCGGUCUUGGGGAG